UUCUUCAGUGGUCCAGUGGUAAAGAAUCCAGCUUCCAAUGCGGCUGACGUGGGUUCGAUCCCUGGUUGGGGAACUAAGAUCCCACAUGUCGUGGGGCAACUAAGCCCAUGAGCCACAACUACUGAGCCCUCAUGCCUCAACUAGAGAGCCCACGUGCUGUAAACUACAGUGCCCAUGCACUCUGGAGCCCGAGUGCCACAACUAGAGAUAGAAAAUCCAUAUGCCACAACUAGAGAGAAGCCUGCACGCUGCAACUAAGAGCCCGAGCAUCACAAUGAAAGAUCCUGCAUGCUGCAACCCGAUGCAGCCAAAAAAAAAAAAAAAUCAUUAUUAGUUUAAAGCCAGUGUUUAAUAUUCCACCAAAGGUCUGAGUAAUUGGGUUUUGAUUUUGUGGAUCCAAUCUGAGAAUUUUUCUUUUUUUUGAUAACAGAAAAAUAGCUUAUUAAUGCAUACAGCAUGCAUCAUGGGAGAAACUUAAACCAAAAGUAACUCAAAAUGGCAACUUUGAGUUCCAGCUUAUCUUCAACAAAAAACAUUAAAUUUGCAGAGAAGUGACAGACACAGGAAGGCAGUUUUAGGCUUCCAAGGGCAGCAAACUGGAAAGGUUUUCAAAAUUCAUUUCUACAAAUUAUAUUUCCAGAGAAAAUCCAAGCAAAUACAAGUGAUAAUUCAAAAGUAGAAAAUUUGUUCUGGAUUCUCUAGGAACAGGUAUCCUAUAUUAUUCCAAUAGAUGAGAAACCGUAUACCGUGCACCUUAGGCAAAGAUUUUUUUUAGCAGAUAAUUUCAUGGUUUAUUUGUAUAAUCAAGGAUCUGUGAAUUCUCAUUCUUCAAAUAUUCAGACUCAGUGCUACUACCAAGGAUAUAUUGAAGGAUAUCUGAACUCUGUUGCCACACUUAGCACGUGCUCUGGACUGAGAGGAAUAUUGCAGUUUGAAAAUUUUUCUUAUGGAAUUGAGCCUCUGGAAUCUGCAGUUGAAUUUCAGCAUCUUCUUUAUAAAUUAGGAAAUGAAAACAAUGAAUUUGCAGUUCUUAUUGAAAAUAACCAAGACACAGAACAAAACCCAAUGGACUAUAAUGUUUUUAUAAGUGAAAAACCAGAAUCAGCUGUUCCAGAUUUAAUUCCUCUUUAUCUAGAAAUGCAUAUCGUGGUGGACAAAGUUUUGUAUGAUUACCUGGGCUCUGAUAGCAUGAUGGUAACAAAUAAAGUCAUCGAAAUUAUUGGCCUUGUAAAUUCGAUGUUUACGCCAUUUAAAAUUACUAUUGUGCUGUCAUCUUUGGAAUUGUGGUCAGAUAAAAAUAAGAUCUCUACUGUUGGUGAGGCAGAUGAAUUAUUGCAUGCAUUUUUAGACUGGAAAAAGUCUUAUCUUACCCUAAGACCUCAUGAUAUUGCAUAUCUAUUCAUCUAUAGAGAGUAUCCAGAUUAUGUGGGAGCAGCAUUUCCUGGAAAGAUGUGUGUUACCAGUUAUUCUGCAGGAAUUGCUUUGUAUCCCAAGGGGAUAACUUUGGAGGCAUUUUCAAUUAUUGUCACCCAGAUGCUGGGACUCAGUCUGGGCAUAUCAUAUGAUGACCCAAGGAAAUGUCGAUGUUCAGGAGCCAUCUGCAUAAUGAGUCCAAAAGCCAUGCAAUCCAGCGGUGUGAAGACUUUUAGCAAUUGCAGUUUGAGUGACUUUGAAAAUUUCAUUUCAAAUAUGGGUGCCCGGUGUCUUCAGAAUAAGCCACAAAUGCAGAGGGCUCCGGCAUCAAUCUGUGGAAAUGGCAGAGUGGAGGGAAAUGAAAUCUGUGACUGUGGUACUGAGGAACAAUGUGGACCUGAUAGCUGUUGUAAUCCUCGAACUUGUGUGCUGAAACCAAAUACACAGUGUGAUAGAGGCUCAUGCUGCAACAACUGUCAACUUAUGCAAGCAGGUGCUGUAUGUAGGCCCAUUGCGCAUCCUGAAUGUGAUGUUCCUGAGGUUUGUAAUGGAAGCUCAGGAAGCUGUCCGGCUGAUAUAACUAUACACAAUGGACACAAAUGUAAAGGAGGAAAAGCUUUUUGUUUUGAUGGAGGCUGCCAAGAUCUUGAUGCACGUUGUGAGAGCAUAUAUGGAAAAGGUUCAAAAAAUGCUCCAUUUGCCUGCUAUGAAGAAAUACAGUCUCAAACUGAUAGGUUUGGGAACUGUGGUAGAGAAAGAAGCAAAUAUAAAUUUUGUGCAUGGAGGAAUCUUAUAUGUGGCAGAUUAAUUUGCACCUACCCCUUUCAAACUCCUUUCCUUCGAGACGGUGCUUCUGUGAUUUAUGCUUUUGUACGAAAUACUGUAUGUAUAACUAUGCACUACACAACGAAAGGUGGAGAAGAUCCAAUGGUGGUCAAAAAUGGCUCUAUUUGUGAUACUGGGAGGAUUUGUGUAAAUCGUGAAUGUGUAGAAUCAAGGAUACUUGCAGACAGAUCAUAUGAGUGUUCACUAAAGUGCAAUGGACAUGGAGUGUGCACUUCUGAGAUGACGUGCAACUGUUCUAGUGGCUACAGACCUCCAGAUUGCCGAGCACUCUCCAGAAUACCUUCCAGAUUGCCUGGGGGACAGGGUUUAAUCAAGGAAAGAGGUUUUGAGAAGGCUGGGGAGAAGCAGUGGCUUUUGGGUACCUACAUUGCUUUACCUGUUCUCGUCGUAGCAACCAUAGUAGCUGUUUCAUGGAAGCCUUUGAAAAAGUGGUUCAGCAAGAAAGAGGAACCCCAAAGUAGCGAAUCAGAAGGCAGCACUCACAGAAAUGCUAGCAGGUCCACAUCAGAAAGUAGUAGCCAAACAGAUACUGUCAGGUAAGUAAAUUAGAAAGAA